AUGCAGUGCUUUUUUUCUGAUCCAGCCAUACCCUCUUCUCUCGGCAAUUCCACCAUCCCAUUUCACCAGGAUAACAUUAUAAUGGAGGCCGUCACAAAUUUCUACCUCUGUGGGCCUCCAAGCGUCAACCCCGAGGAGUCGAGCGUCACUGGUAAAGACAUCUGUCAUUUGGAUUACUAUCCAAGUCCUAUGGCUCUCCAACCAUUCGUCAAUCUUCAGCUGGCUUUCAAACUCCUCCAAAAAUAUCAUCCGCACCUCCCCUCGCCAGCCAGCCCACGAAUAGCUUGGAAACCCAGGCCGUCGAGUAACAUUGUUACCCUUGAACAGGAGAAAAAUAUCGAGAUGCGCGACUGGCAAGCCCUGGACUAGGGGAUAUCCAACCUUUAUUGACACUCGCCUCAUGAUGCCUCCCAUGGCUCGGAGCACAUCUGCGUCGUUGCCGAGAGACCGGCCUGAGUAUUGGCGGAUCAAACUACCGUACACUCGUAGAGCAGUGAAGGCAGACUCCCCUAGAUGAUCCAUGGCUCGGGGAACCACCUGGUGAAAUUGCGCGAGGUUGUCAUUGAGCCUUUCAUGAUAUUCGACCCUGUUACACC